CUUCGAUCCGUCUGGAGGACAGUCGAGGCUGAUCAGUAGGUCGACCCUGUCAACCGUAGCCAUUUUGGCUCAAGCCUCUCUGGCUUCUUCAAGAUUGCUCAUCCACCGCACGUCUGCACGGGGCGAUCACCAUGGACUCGUGGACGGUGCCGAGGUUCCCUCCCAUCCCUCCAGACGCUGCCAAGGACUUCCAGGGCAAGAUCGUGAUUGUCGGUGCUGGAGUGGCUGGGCUCUUUGCAGCCAAUACUCUGAAGUUUCUCGGCAUCGAAGAUUUCAUCGUCCUGGAAGCUGGUGAAACGUUUGGCGGUAGGUUGAAAUCUGCCUUCGAUUUCCACGAAGAUGUGCCUCUGGAGUUGGGCGCGGAGUGGAUCCAUGCUUCGAAUGGCGACGUCGUCAAGGACAUGCUGGUGUUUCCUGUGGACGAGGGCUUAGAGGCAUCGGAGUUCAUCAAGUAUCAGCCAAAGUGGUUUUUCGGCUCAAGCAGGAGCAGAGUCCUGGGAUGCCUCUACCAGGAGACGAAGUGGAAGCGCACGACGUGGCUCCAGUGGCUCGAGAGGUAUGUCUACCGGCAUGUCCAGGACAAAGUUCAGUUCAAUGCAGUCGUGAAAGAAGUGGCCUAUGGUGAGGAUAAUGGAGUCAGAUUGCUGAUGGAGGAUGGUGCAGAACUCUGGGCAGCCAAGGUCAUUUGCACUAUUCCACUGUCCAUCCUCAAAUUGGACGCCGUCAAGUUUGACCCUGCUCUGCCAAUGCAAAUGCGAAAAGCCAUCGAUUCAGUUGGCAUGCUGCCAGGAUUCAGAGUUCUGUUGGCAAUGAAGGAGAAGUUCUACCCUGAUGUCACGAUUGACGGUGGCCGCUUCGAUCUUCUGAAAAAUCAAGAUCAGGUGUGUGCGGUUUAUGACGCUCUGUAUGGGAAAGAGUUGUCUGACAAGCAGAACGUGUUGGCGGUCGUGGCGAUUGGCGACAAGUACUGCAAGGAUCUGAUCCAUUUGGAUGAUGAGAGCUUGGCGAAAGCUGCGCUUGGCAUUGUCGACAGGCUUUUCAAAGGCCAGGGCACCCUAAACUACAUCAAGCAUAGGGUUCAGAAUUGGAGCCUUGAGCCGUAUGUUCUUGGUGCGUACAGCGUUGGCGGGGCUUCCCACGAGAGGAAGGAACUCGGCAAAACGAUCAAUGGCAGAAUGCUCUUCGCCGGGGAGCACACGUGCGUCAAUUUCCACAGCCUCGUGCCAGGUGCUGCUCUGGAGGGCCGCCGGGCAGCCGUGGAGGCAGUUUCAGGACGCAUCAUGUCUUAGAUUGACCAUCCACGCGACGGCAAUAUGUCAGCCGACAUUUACACACCCGGCCGCGAAUAUAUGUGAAUGCGCAGCUUCGGCCGCGCGAAGUCGCGAGUCAUCGAUCGGGGCCGGACCUGAACGCUGUUUUGCAGGACUUCGGCUG